UUGAUCGAUGGGGUCUCCAUCCACGAAAAAACGAAAGAUGGAGAAACGGCACUGCAUCUUGCCGCGCGCAAAGGCCAUUUCCGUGUGCUCAAACUCUUGGCAUCCCAAAGUCCGGUUCAUGUCCUGAAUGCGAAGGAUAAGAAUGGAUGGACCGUCGCGCACCGUGCCAUUAGUUCUGGGAACGACGAGAUGUUUCUUUGGCUCACAAAGCACCCGCUGAUUGACCUUGGCCUACGGGACAAACACGGACGUCGACCUGUCGCCUUUGCCGCAGCGUAUGGC